CUCGCGCGCCGCAUCACUCGCACGCCCGCAGCCGAAGCCCGCGCAAGCGCCGAUACUCAAUCGCGAAUUUAUUGAUCUAUUUUCUUUCUCAUUAAUAACUUUUUUAAUUAAUCGUCACAAUGUACAAAUCCUUGGUAUUAUUGUGUGUGGUGUUCUGUGUAGUAACUGAAGCCAGACCUAAAUGGCAAUUCCUGCCUCCAAGAGACGGCUAUAUCCCCGUGUACAUCAGACCAGGAGACACUCCUCUAGAAGAGAUUAACCCUGAUCUAGCUGAGGCCUUCCACGCUCUACCUGCUGGAAGAAGCGCUGGCAAGAACCUCGAUGCAGAAAUCCCGGAACAAGCCGAUCAACCACGAGAAGAGCCGGAGACACCCGAGGAGUCCAUCGUCGACAGACGUCCAUACGAAAAGAAUUUUUUUGAAAAGAAAACUAAAAAAGCAACUGAGAUUGUAAAGCCUAUCGAACGCAGUUAGAUAUAAUCUUACUUUACUUUAGAUUUUCUACAUUUUGUAUGCAAAAAUAAUUGGUUACUUUAGACACCAAAUUCACAGUGAUAAGUUAUUACGAUUCUUAGUUUCAUGGUGGAAGGCACUAUGUAAACGAAACUUCC